AAAAUAAUAUCAUAUUGUUAAAAACAAAACAAAACAGUUAUUAGAGACUUUAAAAAAUUACAUUCAGAAGCUGCACAAGUCAAAGGCUUUUCCUCUAAUCUUCAUUCUCAGACUCUAUUCACAUUUAUAUUUGAUAGUUCCCAAGCUCUACCAGCCUUUCUUCUCUUUUAUCAAUCUUUCUGCUCUUCACAGCUCCAUAGCCACCACUCUUCACCUUCCAAUCAAUACACAUGCCGCCAUGUUUAACUCUCCUUCUCCUCUCAUUUCUAUCUCCAGCUCUCGCCCUUGACUUCCUCUUCAAUUCCUUCAAUGCCACAAUCAACUCCUCCGAUCUCAUCCUCAUCAGCGAUGCCAGGAUCGAUUCCACCGUUAUCCGUCUUCUCAACGACUCCAAUCAGCUCUCCCUCGGCCGCGCAUUUUACCCAACCAAACUCUCCUUGAAACCCACUUCCAAUUCCACAACCCUUUCCUCCUUUUCUACUUCCUUUGUCUUCUCUGUCUUGCCCCAGAUCGCUGCCAGCCCUGGAUUCGGCCUCUGCUUCGUCCUCUCCAAUUCAACAUCACCUCCAGGUGCUCUAGCCAGCCAGUACUUCGGUCUCUUCACCAACGCCACUUCUCACUCCGUCGCGCCGCUCCUUGCAAUCGAGUUCGAUACCGGGCAGAAUCCGGAAUUCAAUGACCCAGAUGGGAAUCAUAUUGGGAUCGAUUUGAACAAUAUUGAAUCUAUCAAGACAGCUUCGGCUGGGUAUUAUAAUUCCACAAAUGAGCUCGUGUCGGUCAAUAUGCGCAACGGACAAAAUAUUCACGCGUGGAUUGAUUUCGACGGUGCCAAUUUCGAGAUCAAUGUAACCGUUGCCCCUGUCGGAGUUUCCAGACCGUCACGGCCGACCCUUAAUUACAGAAAUCCGGAGAUUGCUAAUUACUUGUCUACCGAGAUGUAUGUCGGGUUUUCCGCAUCAAAGACUCAGUGGGUUGAGGCGCAGCGGGUGCUAGCUUGGUCCUUGAGUGAUGCUGGAGUUGCUAGAGAGAUCAACACCACCAAUUUACCGGUUUUCUUGAUAGAAUCGUCUUCUUCUGCUCUGUCUGCUGGGGCAAUUGCUGGGAUUGUGAUCGGUUGUGUUGUUUUUGUGAUCUUCUCUGCAUCUGGGUGCUACUGGUUAUGGAGAAAGAAGAUGUCCAAGGACAAAGAGGAUGAAAUUGAGGAUUGGGAGCUUGAAUAUUGGCCUCAUAGAUUUUCUUAUGAUGAGCUUAGCCUAGCUACCGAUGGAUUCUCCGAUGGUAAAGUUCUGGGUGCCGGUGGAUUCGGUCGUGUAUACAGAGGAAUCCUUUCAAACAGCACAGAGGUUGCAGUUAAGUGCGUGAACCACGAUUCCAAGCAAGGCCUGAGAGAGUUCAUGGCAGAGAUCUCGAGCAUGGGAAGGCUGCAACACAAGAACCUUGUCCAAAUGCGAGGAUGGUGCCGCAAGGGCAAUGAACUCAUGCUUGUCUAUGAUUACAUGCCUAACGGGAGCCUCAAUCGCUGGAUUUUCGACAAACCCCAGAAGGUUCUUGACUGGAAACGUCGCCGCCAAGUCCUCGCUGACGUUGCCGAGGGCCUAAACUACCUUCACCAUGGCUGGGACCAAGUUGUCAUACACAGAGAUAUCAAGUCAAGCAACAUUUUAUUGGAUUACGAAUUGAGAGGCCGGCUCGGGGAUUUCGGAUUGGCCAAAUUAUACCAACACGGGCAAGUUCCGAACACCACCCGGGUCGUGGGCACGUUGGGAUACUUAGCACCUGAACUAGCAAACGUUGCCACACCAACAGCAUCAAGCGACGUUUACGGUUUCGGGGUGGUAGUAUUGGAGGUGGCGUGCGGGAGGCGGCCGAUAGAGAUGACAAAAGAAAAUGAAGAAGAGGUGGUGCUAAUAGAUUGGGUAAGGGAGCUGUACAGGGAGGGAAAAGUGUACGAGGCGGCGGAUUCAAGGAUUGAAGGAGAGUAUGAGGUGGGGGAGAUGGAGUUGUUAUUGAAGUUGGGGUUGGCUUGCUGCCACCCCGAGCCUCUAAGGAGGCCUACCAUGAAGGAGGUGGUAGCUGUUUUGGUUCGAGAGGAGGUGGCAGCCGGCCCGGCGGAGUUGUUGAAUGAAUUGGCCCACGGCAGCGACGUUGAUGAUUCCAGGGAGGUGGUGUGACCUGUACGGCUGGUGUGAAUACAACUUCUGUUUUUUCAGUUUUUCCACUCUUUUUUCAAUUGUUAGCUACGUAGCCUACAUGUUUGUUGACUUUUGGACUCAUGGAUUUGAUUAAAUUUGGUAUAUAUUCAAUUUUAGUUAUGGAAAUUGCUUCAGUCAUUUACCAGCUAUGGAAUCAUUCCUU